GCCUUUACUCAACGGGGAGUUUUCGAUUGUGACAUUGGCGGCAUUAGAGGGGUGUCAAUUUAAUAUGAAAAACGGAUAAUGAGAGAAAUGUGAAUGAUGGAAUGCUCGAACCGUGUGUAAUUAAUAAAAUUCUCAUUGAGGAAUCAAUUUUGUCACCGGACUCGCACAAUCUACAACACGCCGGAAUAUCGAAGAUGUUGAUCUACGAUGUACUGCACAAAGAGAAGGUAUAUCACGCUGUCGCCAACGAUCUCAGGAGCCUUGGAGUCAAGUAUCGCUUCAAAAAGAGCAUGCUUAAGAGCGAAAGGGCCGAGGCGUGCAAGGACAUCUCCAAGAAGGUCUUCAAGAUCCCUCUGUUUUAUCAAGCUUUGGACAUUGUCAACUUGUCAUCUGGCGCGAUAGUUCACGUGCCUGUAUUUGUGAUUCAAGCCGCGACAUUCCUGGAAGAGCAUGUCACACAAGAGGGUUUGUUCAGAAAAGCUGGCUCCCAAGCGCGACAGAAGGAAUUGAUAUCCCGCCUCGACAACGGCGGCAGUUUAGGCGACAAGAAUCACGCGGUUGACAUUGCUAAUUGCCUGAAAUCCUUCUUCCGCGACUUGCCAGAGCCGUUGAUCCCAUAUGUGUACCAUGACCUGUUUGUGCACUGCGCGUUGCUUAAAAGCCACCGGGUGCAGGCAUUGCUGUUAGCGUGUACCCUGCUACCACCAUAUCACUUAAAUACCUUGGCAUUCUUCAUGGAGUUCUUGAAAAAGGUUUCCAUGUAUGAGAAGCAGAACAAGAUGAGUGUGGAAAACUUAGCAAAAGUCAUUGGACCAAAUAUCAUGCCUCUGCAAGAAAUGUCCAUGUCGGCUGUGCAGAAUAGAUUACAAAUGCACCUAACUAUUGUCAAGAUUUUGAUUGAAAAUUCAGAAAAUAUUGGUAUCCUUCCGCCUCAUAUUGUUCAGAGUAUUUCUACUGAAACAAGUGGCAGCACGGACAAUGGAUUGGAUUCAUUUGAGCUACAUCUAAAGCAUAAAAAGAAGAAACAUCGUAGUGGAAGUCUUACGCGAAUGUUUAAUGGCUUGAAGAAGAUGGUUGGGAAAAAUGCAGAUGACGCACCUAAUGUUAAUCAUCCACAGUGCCUUGUACAUCCAACACAGUUAAAUACGGUUUCUAACAAAUUUACCAAAAAACGAAAAGUGGUUGAAAGGGAAUAUCCUCCAAGCAUAAAGAAAAAGAGAAUGGCUGAUAAAUUGGAUAAAUCAAAGAAACUAAGACUGAGUUUAGAUAAAUUUGUACCUAAGAAUAAGCAAAACGUUGAUGGUAACUUGUCAGAUUCAUAUACGGGUAAUUACAAAAUGUGUAAUGAAAGACGUUGGAGUUCAGUAAGCAAUUCUUUUGAUACGGACAAAAUAUGUGAAUUCAGCGAAGAAAUAUCAAAUCUGAGAUUAAUGAAAUAUGAUAAACCAUCAAAUAAUGAUUUUCGCCAAGAAUUUAAUGAUGUAUUCAUUAAUGCCACUGUGGAUUUAUCAGACGAUGGUGGCGAGCAAGUCUUGCUUGUUAAUGAAAGUCGUCGUAGAAGUGAUGAACAAUGGCGUUUGAAUGUAAGCACAAGUUCAAGAAAAUUGGAUGCUACGGACGAGAGUGAUAACAUAUGCUUGUUGACGCCUGAGGAAAAGACCGAUUCAGAAGAAUUUGAUACAUUUCUUCCAAGCAGUGACGUAAUAUCUUUAUCGAGUGAUCACUGUGAAGAAGAUUACGUCAGAAUCCGUAAAAGUGAAUACGAAGACAUAAAAAAUCGAGUCUCUGCUAUUGAAUCACGUAUUUCUCAAGAAUUUGGAUGUAUAUACAAUGAGAAGAAUGAUAUAACUACACAUUCAUUAAAUAAGAUACAGACAGCGUAUGAAAAAACAUUAGAAGAGGCUAGCAUCGAGAAUACUCUGACAAGCGACUAUCUGGCAAAAAGAUUGAGUAAAGAACUAAAAAUUAGAAGAUCUGGGGAGCAUAAAAUAAUAAGAUCUCCUAGCGCAAGAAAAAUUGGAUCGUUAAGAAGACGUUCUCAAGAGAAAAUUGCGAGCAAACGUGUUAGAAGAACUGCAUCACGGCAUACAUCUCCAGAAUUUAACUUACAACAUCACAUUCAACUUGAAAGACAAGUAAACGUUUAUCCGGUUGAAAAACAAUCGAUUUAUUCUAGUAAAUAUUUGGAACAAUCUCAUUCUACGGAAAAAUGUAAUGAAGAUAUUUCUAACAAUAUGAGAGAUGAGAUAGCCUGUUUACAUAAUCAAAUUAACACAUUGAUUUCUCGUUCAAACGAUCAACGCAAGAUUUCAAACAAUAGCGACUUGGAUCUUUCUGGAUUUAAAGAUCUGUACUUGAAUAACCAUACCACAACAUCUGUGCGUAGAGCGUCAUCUUUUCAUGGAAAAGAUUUUGUGGAUAACUCAUCUUACUUUGAUAAAAAGAUCGAUGAGUUGAAAAAGGUGAACAGUCAUCAAAAUAUAGCCUUAAAUAAUGAUUGUUUACAAAGAGAUAAGACUGCUUUUGAGGGCUCGAACAAGAUAUCUUGGAAGGAUGCAGAUAAAUAUUUUAAAUCGGUAUCCCGAACAAACACACCCGCUCCACAGACUGGCAGAGCGUCCGUCGCAAAGCUUCGAACGCAAAACGCUGGUAUGGUACUGGCCAAAGCAAAAUUAUUUGAUGAAUGCACAACGAAAACAUCCGAGUUUAUAUCGAGUAACAUAUCAAACAGGAAACACUAUCGUGACAAUACAACUAAACAUUCCCCAAAAGUAACAAAAGAAAUGAAUGCGAGUACUGAGAAUUUCAAGGUGUGUAACAGGUCACAAGUCUCUCGAAAGAAGUCCAAUAAGGAUUCGAAAGGUAAAAAUCGUCACGCUACAUCAUCUCCAAAUGUGUCGCCACAAAUUAAAAUGCAAGCAAUGGAUAUGCCAUUAAAAUCGUUUCAAAACGAAUUAAACGAGCAUUAUCGUUCCGUGCGAAAAUUUGAGUCGCAAACUCAGAAACUCUCGAAUAAGGAACCAAUUAUACAUGAUACUUUUGCCAAAGAUAAAGAGAUUAACAUUACGCACGACACCAAAAUUUAUCAGAAAGAAAACAUUGCUGUCAAAGGAUUGCCGUUAACGAAGGUGCCUGUCAAUACAACGCUAGAAAAUCCAAAUAUGUCUCCUUACAAAUCAGACAUUAUCAAAACUCCACAUAUCAAGCGACCUUUAACGGUAAAAACACCUAAAAGUUCAAAAUUAGUGCGUAGACCUCCGGUUGAUACACGUAGAACACCAUUGAAAGCGACGGCACACCUAGGAACCCCAAAACGUCAGAGCCCUAAAAGUAUCUUGAAAUCACGAGCUCUCAGUAUGUAUACGUAACGGGAAGUAUAAUCAUAAGUACAUAUGUUGAAUUAGUCUCAUAUAUAAUAUACAUAUGUUAUUUUAAGAAACUAUAAUUUUUAUACUUUUAUAUAUAUAUAUAUAAUCGAUAUCUUGUGGUGUUUUUAAUAUAUUAAAUACUUGUAUCAACAAAAUAUAUACAGAAGUUGCUACAAAUAGAAAUAUAGUAAGCAAAACUAAUAGUUUAUGCUUAAAUCUUCAAAAUUACUUUAAAAAAGGUGAUUUGAAGAAUGUUCCUAUGGAUUACAAAUAUACCUGUAUGAUUUAAGAAAAUUUACCUUUUUUAAAGGCUAAAACACGUAAAUAUUAUUUGAAAUAUAUUUAAGGCUAGUCAUUGCGUAUAUCUGCGCUCUCAUUUAUAAAUGUAUAAUCCUCAUUCAUUGAUUCAUUGUCAUCUAAUGACAAAUCAAGAGUUACAUGCAAUAUUCAUAUCAUCGUUUGUUAAUAUGUAAUACAAAUCGCACAAUUGACACUUGACUUGCGACUGUAUCUAUUACAAUGGGACUAAUUAUAUCGUUAUUAUAUUUGCGUACGCUCUCUUGCUUCUUAUUUCAGAAGAAAACAUCACACAGAGGAAAUAACUAAACAAAUGUUUAUAAUUAAUAUUGCAAUGUAUUACUAAUUAACAUUUCACAAAAUAAAAUAUACAUAUGAAUUAUA